CUAACACAGCAGAUUUGGUGCUUAAAAAAGCACAAACUUGGGGACUUGAUAACAACCCGGCAUUGUGGCGUUCGAUCUGAAAACCAAGCUGAAAGGUCAUCCUGUGUCUUGAUUUUGAAUUUGUGGAGUAUUUUUUCCAAGGAAAAGAUAAGGACGAAGCAUCCCUCCACAAAUCAAAGAAACAAACACAGCCUAAGGGGAGGAGAGCUUUGAUUGCUCGCUGCAAUUCUUAAGGGAUGGCAAAUGACACACGGUCCACUCGCAGAAGUAAGGAUGAUGAGAGUACUAGUUCGAGAAAGAAGGCCGUUGUUGAAACUGCAGGCACCUCUGGUUUAAGAAGAUCGACAAGGGGGACACCAUCUCGGGAACAAAUAACCACAAGCCCUUCAACUACAAGGAAGUCUGGGCGGCUUGAGAGCAUGACUCCAAGAACACCUCCCGUUAAGAGGAAAUCUGAGAUAGUUGAUAAACAUAAUAUUUCUAGUCCUUUGAGGAGGUCUGAUAGGUUUAAGAAGCAUCGUAGGUCAGAUAGGUUUAAGAAACAUCAAUCAGCUAGCUCAUCCGGUACGAAGGAGAUUGAGAAGGGUUCUCGUUCAUCAGAUGUUAAAAGCAAUAAGUUAAAAAUAGAGAAGAGUGUGAAAUGGUUGCCACUGGAAGGUAGGGAAGCUAACGGAAUAGAAAAAAUAGAUCCAAAUCCUGUUGGUGUGAAAAGGAAGAAAAUGGAUGCUCGUACAUUGAGAACCUUUUUUAAGCCACAAAGAAGAAGAGACACUGUGCCAGCAGAUGCAGUUGAGGAACUGGAAAAGCCAGAUAAAUUGUCACCAGAUGACACUAGCUGUUGUGGUAGUUGUGUUUCCAAGCAACUGGGAGAUGGAGAGGAUGGUACUGAGUGCUGCGGUGAGAGGAUGGAAGAAAAACAAAGCGGCAAAUGCACUGAGGAAACUUCUGAACAAGGUAGAGAUUCUACUUUAAAAAAUUCUGAGGCAGAAGCAGUAGGAAAUGACGGUGAAGUAGAAGUUUCGUGCUCAAGCAAACUGGGUAGUUCUUGGGAAGAACCUUGUUAUUCUUUAGCUGAAGAAAGUUUAAAUCCCUCCAAGAGUGGUCAAAGACUCAAAAGGCAAAGGGUAGAAAAUGAUUCACCAGAGCCGGAGCUUUGCCUUGAUGUGGCUUUGAACAAUGGCCUACAUUGCUCUUCUGUUCUUAAGGAUAGUGGGGAACUUGAAGCCAAUGUUCAAAGAUCGGUCAAAGAAAAUGAUGGCACGGCUCAAGAAGAGUCUCCUUCAAUUGUGCAAAUUGAUGGUCACCAGAAUAUGUGUGUUAUCUGCAAGCUUGGCGGAAAGCUCAUGUGCUGUGAUGGAAAGGGCUGCAAGAAAAGUUACCAUCCCUCCUGUUUAGAUCUUCCAUUGGAUGAUAUCCCUACAAUAUGGCAUUGUCUCUCAUGUGUGCAGAAGAAGAUAGAAUCUGGUGUCCAUUCAGUGUCUGAAGGAGUAGAGUCAAUUUGGGAUGCUAGAGAAGUAGAGGUGCAAGAUACUGAAUAUGGUACUAGAUUACAAAAGCAGAAUCAAUAUUUUGUUAAAUACAAAGGUCUUGCCCAUAUUCACAACAGUUGGGUACCAGAAAGACAAUUGGUUCUGGAAGCUCCGUUGCUUGUCUCGAAGUUUAAUGACAAUAACAAGGUUGUGAAGUGGAGGGAAGAGUGGAAAAUGCCACAUCGUUUGCUGAAGAAAAGAUUAUUAAGCUCUCCCAAGCAACAAGAGGAGAAUCAAAUUGAGCCUAAUGGUGAUACUUCGCAUUGCCACUGUGAAUGGCUGGUUAAAUGGUGCGGUCUUGACUAUGAGUAUGCUACAUGGGAGUUGGAAAGUGCUGCUUUUCUGCAGUCACCUCUAGCUCAGAGCCUAAUGCGCAAGUAUGAAAAUCGUCAUCAGAGGGCAAAGAGAGCUACUUCUUCCUCUCUACUAGAUAAGAAUAAGAAGGGACCCCUUGUCAAAGUUUCAAAGCUACCGGCUGGAGUCUUACCUGGAACUGAUUAUAACCAACUAACCUUUAUUGUUAACAAGCUGCGUGAGCAUUGGCAUAAAGGCCAGAAUGCUGUUUUGUUCGAUGACCAGGAGAGAGUGCAGAAGAUGAUCUUAUUUAUUGGUUCGUUGGCGUCCAACAUUAGUCAUCCUUUCCUCGUUAUCUCAGAUUCCAGUGCUCUUUCCCAAUGGGAAGCUGAGUUCUCGCGGUUGGAUUCGUCUAUUGAUGUCAUUGUUUACAGUGGAAAAGAAGAUAGCAGAAGAAUUAUCCGGACAUGUGAGUUCUAUGAGGAAGGUGGUUGCGUAAUGUUCCAAGUACUUUUAUCCCCUAUAGAAGCACUUGUCCAGCAGGAUUUUGAAAUGUUAGAGUACCUUAGAUGGGAAGCAAUCAUUGUUGAUGAGUGCCAGUGCUCUGCGAUAUCUAAAUAUUUUGAACACAUCAAAAUGCUAUCAACUGAAGUCAGGUUUCUCCUUUACAAUGACCAAUUAAAGGAUUGCAGAGCUGAACACCUUAAUCUGCUGUCAUUGCUUGAAUCUCCCAGUGAUUUGGAUACCAGUGAUGACCUGGAAAAUGACUUAGAUAAUAAUUUUGGUAAAUUGAAGGAGAGGUUGUCAAGGUUUAUUGUGUAUGAUUGCAAGCCAGACUUUUCUAGAUUUCUAGAGUAUUGGGUUCCAGUUCAGAUAUCCAAUGUCCAACUUGAGCAAUAUUGCGCUACACUACAUUCAAAUUAUGCAUCACUGCGCUCUCUUUCGAAGAAAGAUCCUUUUGGGACCCUUCAUAGUAUUCUUAUUUCGACGCGGAAGAGUUGUGAUCACCCGUACCUUGUGGAUCCGCUUUUGCAAGGCGUUUUGACGAAAGACCUUCCUGUGGUUGAGCUUUUGGGUGUGGGAAUAAAAGCAAGUGGCAAGUUACAACUUCUUGAUACAAUACUCUCAAACAUUCGAGAUCGAGGACUAAGAGUCAUAAUUCUGUUCCAGUCGAUUGGUGGAAGGGAUUCAAUUGGAGAUAUAUUGGAAGAUUUUAUAGGACAAAGAUUUGGUCCAGAUUCUUAUGAACGUCUUGACGGGGGUUUUCUCUCGUCGAAGAAGAAACAAGCUGCUCUAAACAAGUUCAAUGACAAGGGUAGUGGGAGAUUUGUGUUCUUAUUAGAAAAUCGUGCGUGCAACUGUAGCAUCAAGUUCUCGUCUGUGGACGGCGUUGUCAUCUUUAAUGGUGAUUGGAACCCCACGAAUGAUAUAAGAGCACUACAAAAAGUAUCAAUCGGUUCAUCUGUUCGACAGAUCAAAGUUUUCCGCUUAUAUUCACCUUGUACGGUGGAAGAAAAUGUUUUGGUCCUUGCAACACAAGAUGAGACUCUUGAUAUACAGAGCCUAAGUCUAAGUACUAUUCACAUGCUGCUCAUGUGGGGGGGCUCAUAUUUAUUCAAUAAGUUGGAUGAGUUUCAUGGUGGUAAUAUCUCAACCGCUAGUGCAAGUAGUAAAUCCGAACCAUCAAUUCUCAAAGACGUAGCCAAGGAUUUCUUGAAUGUACUUUUUCAAGAUCGAGAAAAUAACCAUCCAAACAGCUCUCUCGUUAUACAAGUUCAACACAGCGGGGGAACAUACAGGAAGAAUGUUUCACUGCUUGGUGAGCUAAAAAUCAAGCUCCCAAAUGGAGAAGAACCCGCUUUUCUUUGGACAAAGCUCUUGGAGGGAAGGAAUCCUCAGUGGAGAUAUUCUUCUGGCCAGUUGCAGAGGAACAGGAAAAGGGUUCAGAAUUUUGGGGACUUGCUAAAGCAACCAGAACUCGAAGCUGAUGAAGUUGGAAAGAAACGCAAGAAAGUGGUGAACAGUAAAGCUGAUCCAGCCUCUUUAAGAGCCAGUCUCAAAGAAGGAGGUGAACUUUCACGAGAUAGGGGAGGAGGUUCUGAACUUAACAUGGUUGAUUCUGAGGAAGCGAUUGGAGUGCGUGAUGUGCAGGGGAGUCUUCAUGCUUUUCUAAAACGAGAGAUUUCAACACUCUGUGGAAUCCUGAAACUUACAGAAGAUGUCAAGGAUAUGGUUGGAAAGUUUCUUGCAUACAUAAUUCAUAAUCACCAUGUCAAUAGCGAACCGGCAUCCAUAUUACAGGCUUUCCAGAUAUCUCUGUGUUGGAUUGCUGCUUCAAUUGGGAAAAGCAAAAGUGAUAGAUACAAAAUUGAUAGGAAGGAAUCAAUUUUGUUAGCAAAGAAACGUUUGAAUUUUCGUUGCACAGAGGAAGAGGUGAAUGAGGUCUAUUUGAUGAUGCGGCCGCUGAAGAAAACUUUCUUAAGCCGUUUAGAAAAUUUCGAAGAAUCAGAGCGUCCACAGGAUGCUUUAGUAGCUGCUGAGGACACUGUGAAAGAGCCACCUGAUGCAAGAAUGUCCCCAUCAAUAGCCUUCAGGCUGAAGAAUGUAAAAGUUGAGAUUGAAGAGAGAUCAGAAAACCAAGAAUUUGUUGAGAAUCUCGUCCUUUCUCACCCGAAAGAGACAACACUGAAUAAAAAGUGUGCAAUGCAGUUAACAAAGCUCAUUAGAAAGCAACAGGAGGAAAUUCAGGUGGUUCACAGAAUUUUGGAGGAGGAAAGAGUACAACUAGAGAACCAGCACAGGGUAGAUUCAACCCUUGUUCGCUCUAUACACGGUAAUAAUCCUGUUGGAUUGGAUAAGAUCAGGAGGUUAGAAGAUGAAUUUGCAAAGAAAAAGGAAGAACACAAUCGCAAAAAGGAUAUGCACCUUAAAGAAGUUGUGAAAAAGCAACUAGCUGAAAGGAAUAAGAUGAGGCAAGCAGGGGCUCUUUCGAUGGGAAGACCAAAGUCCUCGGAACAAGCUGAGCCAUCUUGUGAGCUGCCUCUGGAUGGAUCUGGUUUUGGGGGCACCAAGAACAUUGUAUCUGCGUCUAGUUGCCUUGCAGAAGAUCAAUGUUCUAACGGAAUCCUAGCUAGUGGUAUGGUACCAUGUGUUAUAUCAAGCACUGCCGCCAGUGAAGCAGUAGGAGGUGGUGUCGCCGUCGAAACUCCAACCGUGGCUGUGUGUCCAAAUCAUGAGAGUAGUGCAGUGAAUUCUAUUGCUCAUGAGAACAAUGCCUCUGUGGACCUGCCUUCUGCUGAAGAACAGAUUCAUGAUGAAGCUCCUUCCAGUAUACAAGAUACUCCCGUAAGUGCUCCAAACCAAUUGGUACUCCAGGAUGAACGUUCUCAGUUGCUGACAUCUAGUGGAAUACCUGAUAUUGAUGAACUCGCAAGAGAAAAUCAGAAUGUUCUAGGGGCAGAAGUUCCACCUUUGCAUGCCACUGAUGGCAGUCCCGAAGCAGUGGUGAUUGAGCAUCUCAAUCAACUGCAACUGUCAUCACCUUCCAGCUCACCUGUUGGUCCGAAUCAACAUUUUCCACAUUUAGCUUCACCAGUUGAACAACCACCACAAAGUGAUGGGCCCGUUGCUUCCUUAAAUGCGGAGCUCGCUCAACAUGUUGAGAACCCAUCGCCAUCAGUGCCUUCAGACCCAGUAGUUUUGCAUUGUGUGGCAAAUCAACUAAGUGGUGAUGGGUAUACCUCUUUCAGAAAUGCUGAGGCUUUGUCACAACUGGGGGUUAUGGAAGCUCUUCCAAAUCAAGUUGUUUCCAGUACACAGUCAGGCACUCGGAUGCCAGCAAAGUCUGUAUAUGCCGAUCCGCUUACAACUGAACUGGAAAGGCUGAGAAAACAAACAGAGCAAACAAAUACGGCUCAUAAAGAUACAAUUCUGCGGCUGAAAUCUGAUUUGGAGAAGGAGAUAGAGGAAGUUAUUGCUGCAAUGCGUCAGAAGUAUGUGGCUAAACUUAAUUCUGAAGAAGCUGCUUUUGCACAGAAAAAAAUGGAACUUGAUACAUAUCACAUCAAAGUUCUCAUGAAUAAAAGAUUGGCAGAUGCUUUUCGGGCUAAGUGCUUAGAAAGGUCUUCCGGAGCCUUGGAAAUGCGGCGAGCUGUUGUCCCAUCAGCCAGCCAGCAAACGACAGCACCGCCUUUGCAAAUCGUCCACCAUUCCUCAGCCCUUUUUUCAAGCAUGCCGAACAGGCCCCCUCUGAUUUCUCCUAUUGGCCCUUCACCUGGAAACCUCCAAACCGCCAGUGAAAGACGGGCCCCAGCUCCACACCUUCAACCUUUUAGACCACCACCAUCCACAUCUGCAAGAAAUCUUCCCAUAGCUUCUCCCACUGUGCCCCACCUAGUUCCAUCCCAACCACCUCCCCUGCCACCAUCUCCAAUGCCACCUACUUAUCGCUCUGGCCUUUACAAUACGGCCCCACAUCCUGAAGUCGCAGGAGGGUUGCCAAGUCUUCAUAACCCAUCUCUUUCUGCGAUGAGUUUGCUCUUUCACAUGAAUAAUCAACCUGGUGCGAAUCCACCAAACAUUUUGUCACCUCGUCCAGAUUUGAGCUCAAGUUUUGAUGCACUGGACAUAUCCCAAUUUGGUAGUGGAGGGGGUGAUGGAAUGGUUAACUUGGCCAGUUCAGGUGUAGCAACUGGCGUUGUUUGUUUAUCAGAUGAUGACGAGUAACUUGUUAUUAAUGUUGUAAAGUUCUGCUUGUAGUUUUUGACUUGAGGCACUGCCCCGGGGCCGCCUUGUACUUUUGGGUUUGGUGGAGGGCGCGUCUUAAGUGGCUAACUAGGUCUAGGGCAAGAAAGAGUCUCAACUUUGUCCUAGUAAUUUGCUUCUUGUACAUAUGGUCAAAUGGUUCCUUGUAUUAAUAUAUGAUGUGGACAUUCAAUCUUUUGUUUGUUCA